ACUACUAUCUCAAACCCCCAUUGCUCAGUAAUAAAUCUAGGAAGAGGAGAUGCUCUUCAUUUAGCAAAACCCAACACUUUAUUACGGACUUUAAACUGGAUAUCAUCAUAUGAUCAUAUCUGUAGACUUGAAAACUUUUUUGGUGAUUUCUCCUGUUUUUUUCUAACCAAAUGUGAUAGAGAGAAGCAUUCCAAGAGAGCUUGAUUAAAGUAUCAUGUAAUGACUUUCUUCCAAUGCGUUUGCCCAUCCAAGAAAGUAAACUAUGCCAAGAGUCCAUAGGAGGGAUACCUGCCAUGCUGCUAAUAUUUUGCCAUAUCUGCUUUGUAAAACUACACUUGAAGAAUAGGUGUUCACUUGUUUCUGGUCCUGUGGCUGAUAGCUCUGCAGUUUCCACCGCGAGAGAAAAUGAGACAGCGACGGAAAGAUGGUGGUGGUGUGGUUUCAUCAGCCAUUGAGAACCCAAAUCUCUACAAGGAAGAAGAAAAGAAAUUCUCAAAUACAAAGAGAGUCUUUGCGCUCUGUUUGGCUUUUCGAAUAGUAAAUGCGUUGUUUAUUCAGACUUAUUUCAACCCAGAUGAGCACUGGCAAGCCCUCGAAGUUGCGCAUCGCAUAGUAUUUGGGUAUGGCCAUUUGACAUGGGAAUGGGAGAAGGGAAUUCGUAGCUACUUGCACCCGUUGCUGUUUGCACUCCUUUACAAAGUUCUAGCCUUAUUGGGUCUUGAUACGCCUUGGUUUAUGAUCAAGGCUCCAAGGCUGUUGCAAUCUGUAUUUUCUGCAGUUGGUGAUUUAUACUUGUACAAGCUUUCUCAUGUCCUUUUUGGUCAUUGUGUUGCGAAGUGGGCACUGUUUUCUCAAUUGGCAAAUUGGUUCAUGUUCUUCUGUUUCAAUCGGACAUUAUCAAAUAGUUUUGAGACUGUCCUUACUCUUGUUGGCCUCUACCACUGGCCCUGUAUGAGAAUUUCUUCAAGCAACAUUCCGUUGCACUCAAGGAAGUGGGGUUUGGCUGUUGCUGCACUGGCUUGUGCAAUUAGACCAACAAGUGCCAUUACAUGGGUGUAUGUUGGGCUUCUUGAGCUGUAUUUGACCCAGGGAAGACUGAAAUUUAUUCUUCUGGAGGUGAUUCCCAUUGGGGCUUUGGUGCUUGGAUUUGCCUGUUUACUGGAUCGUCUAAUGUACGGCUCAUGGGUCAUAGUACCUCUUCAUUUUCUAAAGUUCAACUUUCUUUCCUCCGGUGGAGAUUAUUAUGGAACUCACAAUUGGCACUGGUACUUCACUCAGGGCUUUCCAGUCAUGGUAUUCACUUUUCUGCCAUUUUCAAUCACUGGCAUAAUCAAUUCAAAAUAUUGGAAGCUUUCUGGCCUCAUUGCAUGGGUUUUAGGUCUUUACAGUGUACUAGGUCAUAAAGAAUUCAGGUUUGUCUUGCCUGUGCUUCCAGUAGCUUUAAUAUUCUCUGGGUACUCGUUAGCCACACUUCAAGAGUGUGAUUCCUCAAAAGGUGAAAGAAAGGGAUCCUCAAACAUUAACAGCAAAUGGCCUUCAAAAAGGCAAAUGGCUAUCUUGUUUUUGCUUGCUACCAAUAUUCCAAUGGCAUUCUAUAUGUCUUCAGUUCAUCAGAGGGGAACUGAGGAUGUAAUGAAUUAUCUAUCUAAAGAGGCAAUGAGUGAGAAGGUAGAAAGUAUACUUUUCCUAAUGCCCUGCCACGCCACGCCUUACUACUCCCGUUUGCAUCGUGACCUGCCAAUGCGCAUUCUGGAUUGCUCACCAAGGUUAAACUCUGGCAAUUCUGUUUGAAUAACUGUUCUUAUCAUGGUCUAUUCAUCUGCAGUUACUUUUUCAUUUUUAUUGUUGUCUGGCAUUUUGUUCAACAGAGAACAAGAAGGAAUCUCUGAGCCUGAUGAGUCAGACCGUUUCAUGAUGGAUCCCAUCGGUUUUGCAAUCAAUUUUGCAAAAAAUUGGUUCCUACCUAGUCACAUUGUAUUGUUUGAUUCAGAGGAAAAGCAGUUAAGAGAGUUUCUAGAUAUUCAUUCUUUCAAAGAGACAAGAAGAUUUUUCCAUGCUCACUUCAAGGUGGACCGUGGUCUUCAAGCAUCAGUUGUUGUAUAUGCCAGGAAUGGCUAGUCAAUUUUGAUGAAACUGGUUCUGCAAUCUGGGACUUGGAUUAUGAUGUUGUUAAGAUGCUGGUUGCUAUGCUGGGCCUAAUGAAUUGUUACCCUUACGAGGCUCAAACAUGCUUGAUGAUUUUGCCUGAUUGGGCUACCAUGACAUUCUCAUUGACAGCUUUUGUGGGCUUGCAUCAUUUUAUGUCCAUAUGAACAUCAAACAGGAAAAAAUUGACCAACUAUUUACUCCCAUGUCUUAUGAGUUGAAGGUAUUCCACGAGAUCUAGUGCAAGCCAAUUGUGGUUUAUCCUUGCUUUUUAUGGACCAUUAUUUUAGCUGAAUGUGACUGAGCAUACAUAGGUUCGCUUGUUACUGUAUUUGAUUUUCUUGACAAGUGUAUUUCGUUAAGCUUGCUUUGAGUUUUCAUGAUAUUAUUAUAAACGAAAGAAAUAGAUCUUCCAGUAGACUACUCUUAUGAUCUCUCAUCUGUGAUGAAAUUGUUCUUGAUAGGAACAUCAACUGAAUCACUCGCGUUUCUAUUUUUGAUGCUUAAGUUGAUAGAAAAAGCUAUUAGCAACUUGUUGAUUCACUUAUGAGUCGGCCCCUUGAGGAUUCUGGGUAGGAUGGAGCAGCCGCAAAGGAACAAAGUUUGAUUAGCUGGAUGGAAUUGGUCCAUAAAUACCAGACAUGAGACUAAACCAGGCUUUAUUGCAGAAAAGGGAAUUGGAAGAACAUUGUGGGGAUAGGGAGACAAGAAUUCUAGCGAACAUGCUCACCAGCUAGGCACCUUGUGGUCCUCUCCAUGCAUGGUUGUCAUCAUUCAUGCUCCCCCUCUGCAAAAGUUGUUCUGUCAUACAAUGAUAACUGUC